CUGUCUACCGAUAGUGAAGAAGGUGAACCGUUGCCACCGGUAGCAAAAAAGCCUCGGAAGCAAAGAAUGCCUCGACGACCGACAAAUAUCGAACGUCUGGAUCGACUGGAGGAGAUGAUUGAAAAAGUAACGGUCAACUGUAACGGAUCGGGUGCAGGCGUCGUUGACAGUCGACGUGAGCGCCGCGGCGCGUUGCGGCGACCCUACGUAACUCGCCCCCCUCCCGCCAUGCCUGCAAGCCCCCACCCCGCAAACUCCAAGAUCGCCUCACAACCAACAAACACGCCGUACGCGGCGAAUUAUGUCUUUUUAUACUUAUACUUCAGUGGUUCAAUAUAA